AGGCUUCCGUCGUCACUGGCUGUCCCCGGUCAGGGCGUGUAGCGAGCUGAGCUGUGAUAAACAGGCGGGGGCCGGGCCGAGCAGUCGUUUUCUCUAUAUUCGGCGGACUGAUGUUUAAUCUAUAGUAAAUAUGGAUUUCGACGCGUUGUUCAACGAGAAGACGUUUCAGUUCUCGGACUUCCAGGAGUUCACGUUUCUUCCUGGACACCAAAAGUUGACUGAACGAGUGAGAAAGAGACUGUAUUAUGGCCUGGACAAAGAUGUUUCUCUAGAUGCCCUCUCCUGCCCUGUUACAGAUAUUGCUGUUGAAAUCUUCCAGAAGUCUGCCCCAAGCCCAAUAAGAAAGCUCCAGAAGAAGUAUGCUGCUCAUGUUGCCAGGGAGGCUUGCAUCUCUCCAUGUGCCAUGAUGCUGGCUCUAGUUUACAUAGAAAGGCUCCGACACAGAAACCCUGAAUACCUGCAAAAGAUCUCCUCCUCUGACCUCUUCCUGAUCUCUAUGAUGGUUGCCAGCAAGUACCUGUAUGACGAAGGAGAGGAAGAAGAAGUGUUUAAUGAUGAAUGGGGAGCAGCUGGCAAGCUGGAUGUCCAAACUGUCAAUAACUUGGAGAUGAAAUUCUUGAAUGCCAUUGAGUGGAGCCUCUUCACGGAGCCAAAUGACUUCUUCGAUAUAUUAAGUCAACUUGAAACCAGCAUUGCAGAACGUCAGGGAAUGAAACGCGGCUGGUUCACGUACACUGACCUCUGUGUGCUGCUGGAGCAGUCCGCAUGGAGUCACGCCCUCACAGCCAUCUACCAGCACUUUACUAAGGUAUCCUGUAUGCUUGGCCUGGUGUAUCUGACCAGUGUGGCUGGCCUCAUUGCCACCAGUGCUGUGAUGCACCAGCUCAGUCUCUCCAGAAGCGGCCAGUCCCUGCUUCCACCUCCAGCUGAGAUCAGCUUGGCCCACCUUCAGACUUCCAACUUAAACCCAGAAGCUCCUGCUGCAGCCCACCGCCUCCCCUGUUGUGUUCUGGCCAACAAGAGUCAGAAUCGUCAGACUGGCGCACCUGGAAUCAGCCAAGACCACAGACAACCAUCGACCUCCACGCAGACAUCAAUACUGUGUCUGUGGGGUUCCUUCCUCGCCUCAAUGGGUCACAUACAUCCUGAAACUAAAUCUGAAAUGGAAACCUCCCAACCCUGGUCCGCUGCCUCCUUCAUUUGCCCCGGCUGUCUUGCAACCCUCCCUCCUCUUCAGUGUGGGCUCCGAAACACCUCAGCGCUCCUCGUUCAAGGUCCCCUUGAAAACCAACAGCAUCGUGCUUCGUGGCUUUCCUCCAGCCUCCUUGGAACUGCUGAACCAAGUCUGAACUCUCACCUCGAGGUGUUUCCUCCUGUGCAGCUGCGACCCUGCCAUCUGGAGUCUCUGCUACCUGUGGACAAAGUCCAAGCUCUGCUCAUGCCUGGUUAGGGACAGCACAGCUUGUCCACCUGUAGUGAUGGACUCUGGAAAUGAAACCAGCAUUGUGUCAUGACUCAUUAACUGCCCCACGUCAUGCUUUUGUUUACUUUUCCAGAUCUAGAGUACAGGUGCAAGGACGAGAGAAGUUUGGCACUUUGCUGAGAGUUUCAUGACGCCACGCAGGGUGAAUAUUCACUUCUAGUUAAAUACCGCAGGGUGAAUUUGACAUAAAAUGCCAUAGUGUUCCAUUAAUUCUCUGAAACUUAUUAAGCAUUCAUGUAGUGCUUUUCAUAGCAGAAACCAAACUUCUUUUUUUUUUCUGCCACCCUUGUUUUUCAUAUAUGAAAGUUCACACCUGUCAGACGGAGAUGUAGGGGCUUUUUGCGCUGAAUGUUUUUUGAGUUAUAUCACAGCUGUAAUAUUAAAGCUCGGUAGGUUGAGGAAUGUGUGCGGAGGGUUUUGAAGCAUAUCUGAAAGUUUCACAGCAAGUGUUUUUAUUAAUGAUAGGGCUCUGUUGGAAGAAGGGACUGAACAAAGUUUUGACUUAUCCGUAGUUGCUUAUCAUAUAGUUUGCUUUACGCAGUUGCAGGUUUACAUCAGACAUCGGUCACACACAUGCUGCAAAGCACUGGUUUUGUUCAUCAGUUAUUUUUUCUGCAAGUCUCCUGUUGUUAACUUUUACCUCAGAGGAAGCAGCAAAGACGGGAGACGAGAAAGCUGUGUUUUAUUAUCUCAGUGUAACUAUCAUUAGCUGCACAGAAAUCCCAAACUCCACUUAUUCUUUACAGCUAGUUUUGGUUCACUUGCUGUCUGUAGUUACAAUAUUCACCAACUUUUGUGGCACAAGGAUGCCGCAUAAUCUUAAAGCCACUUUACCGUAUGGCCAAAUUGAAGAGAUUCACCUCCAAGUUCUCCAUGUCUCGAUAAAGGAUGGGCUUCUGGGGAUUCAUGCAGUUUCUACUUGGUUUUGUAUAUAACAUGUUAAAGGCUAGCUGCAGUGUUACUUUGUUGAUCUGGAAUUUGCACAUCUGGCUCCAUUGUUUUUGUUUUUUUAUUGGCUGUUUCUCUCCAUCCUCACUGCAUUGUCAUGUCUUUUAAACACCUGGAGGGAAAAAAAAAAGUUUAAAGAAUUGAUUAUUUUUAUGCACACUCAGACUUUUACUUUGUAAUUGAAACUUUGACAAAUUUGAAUUUGAUACAUUUUGGAGCACGAAGUCCUUUAAUUUUGUACAUGAUGUAAAAUGCAAAUAUUGUAAAAUGUGUAGAAAAACCCAGAAUUAAUAAUAAAAAAAACUGCAUUUCUUUGAGAAA